AUGCGCCGCAGAAUCACCUUCGUUCAACGUCCCGACUCACCCUUCGAUCUCGACCAGGCCCAGUUAUCUAAAGACGCGCUUUCCGUGCGUCAGGUGCUCGCUGCUCGUGAGGAGAGGGUCACGUUGGGCGUUGAGGAGGUUGCGGAGGAGAAGAUUCGAGAUGUGUUGGAACAAUCGCAUCAGUUGCAUGUUCGGUGGGCUAGUGAGGAGGUCUUUGAUGCUGUGACGCCGUUUUCGAGUCGUGUGGCGCCCGGGUUGCAUGUGCUGUGGACGCCGAGGGAGGGAGGGAGUGAGACACACUCGCUAUGUGCAUUGUUGAAAGAGGUGUUUGAUGAUGGAUUGAAGUGUUCGAGUCCUGAGACUUCAUUUGUCACACCCCCGGUCCUCUCGACGCGGUUCGCAGCCACCGCCGCAUACCAAUAUCACGCAUUGCUUCCCUCGCUCGAUAAUCUCGUCUCUUAUAUUCAGAAGAAACUCUGUGUCGGGUCAGGCUCCGACGAAUGUCUCCGCCAAGCGGCGUCGUUGACCUCCGCGGACUCACUCGAUAUCAACUACGAUAGUAUCUCUCAUGCCUUGACGUUAACGGGGUACUGGUCUCGUUCACCGGACGGGGGAUGGACGGAACAGAUCCGGAAACCGGCUGCCGGGGCUGGUCAGGUCGAAGUUGGGCUUCUCAGCACCGAUAAGGCCGUUGAGCCAGAGGAGAUCAAGAUGGGUGGGUUGUUGGGGGUUAUUGGGUCGGAUGAUAAAUUGAGUAUGUCGGAUUGCUACUCCUAUCUCUGGCUGUAUUGA